AUGGCGGAUGUCCAGAACAUUUCGCUGGACAGCCCAGGGAGUGUGGGGGCUGUGGCUGUGCCUGUGAUCUUUGCUCUAAUCUUCCUGCUGGGCACAGUGGGCAAUGGGCUGGUGCUGGCGGUGCUGCUACAGCCUGGCCCCAGUGCCUGGCAGGAGCGGGGCAGUACCACGGAUCUGUUCAUCCUCAACCUGGCAGUAGCCGACCUCUGCUUCAUCCUGUGCUGCGUGCCCUUCCAGGCCGCCAUCUACACGCUGGACGCCUGGCUCUUUGGGGCCCUGGUCUGCAAGGCCGUGCACCUGCUCAUCUACCUCACCAUGUACGCCAGCAGCUUCACGCUGGCCGCAGUCUCGGUGGACAGGUACCUGGCGGUGCGGCACCCUCUGCGCUCGCGGGCCCUGCGCACGCCGCGCCACGGCCGCGCGGCGGUGGCGCUGGUGUGGCUGCUGGCGGCGCUCUUCUCGGCGCCCUACCUCAGCUACUACGGCACGGUGCGCUACGGCGCGCUCGAGCUCUGCGUGCCCGCCUGGGAGGACGCGCGCCGGCGCGCCCUCGACGUGGCCACCUUCGCCGCCGGCUACCUGCUGCCGGUGGCCGUGGUGAGCCUGGCCUACGGGCGCACGCUGCGCUUCCUGUGGGCCGCCGUGGGCCCCGCGGGGGCGGCGGCGGCCGAGGCGCGGCGGCGGGCCACGGGCCGCGCGGGGCGCGCCAUGCUGGCGGUGGCCGCGCUCUACGCCCUGUGCUGGGGCCCGCACCACGCGCUCAUCCUCUGCUUCUGGUACGGCCGCUUCGCCUUCAGCCCGGCCACCUACGCCUGCCGCCUGGCCUCGCACUGCCUCGCCUACGCCAACUCCUGCAUCAACCCGCUCGUCUACGCGCUCGCCUCGCGCCACUUCCGCGCUCGCCUCCGUCGCCUGUGGCCCUGUGGCCGCCGCCGCCGCCGCCACCGCGCGCGCUGCCCACCGGGGGCCCGCCGCGCCCUCCGUCGCAUCCGCCCCGAGUCCUCAGGCCCCGCCGGCUGCCCCGGGGACGCCCGGCCGGGUGGGAGGUGGCCCGAGGGCGGUGGCUGGGGCGCGGAGCCCAGGGAGGAGCCCGCCCCAAGCCAAGCCCUCUUCGCCCGAGGACCGGAAUAAACUUGCCUCCUGCACUCUG